CUUAUACCCUGGCAACAACCUCAGAAAUCCUUGACGGUUUGACGAUACAGCAGGGCACUCACACCGCGCACCAUCUGCAAACAUGUCCGCACCAUUGACGCAAGACAAUAUCGACUCGAAGGUGGAGGUGGAAGAUCACAUCGAGGAUCUCAAGGAGAAUCCGCAAGCUCAACCGAGCGCCAAUAUUCUCUCGUCGGGCGUCGCAGCCUUGACGACGCGCCAAGCGAUGAGGCGCUUUUGGCGAUUGCUGCUUAUCGGUUUCUCGGUCUCCGUGUCGGGAAUGUACCUAGGUUUUACGUUGACCAUCCCGGGUUCAAUCAUCGUCAACCAAGGUUUCAUCGAUCAAUUCGGCACCGUGCGCAAUGCCGAGACCGGAAAACUCGAGCUUAAUGCUGUGCACGUGUCCAUCUGGGGCGGUACCAACUUUGCCGUACAAGUCUUGCUUCAGAUGCUAUCCCCGAUAACAGCGGACCGGUUCGGUCUCCGCCCCAACAUGUACAUCUUCACGUUCUUUAUGCUCCUGGCUAUCAUCGUUGAAAUAGUUGCCAAAGAUUGGAAGGCCUUUCUUGCCGCCAAGAUUCUGGCCGGAAUGUCGGCUGGCUUCAUCGGCACGACCAUCAUGUCGUACAUUUCUGAGAUUACGAUCUCGCAACUUCGAGGACCCCAUCUCUCAGCGUUCUCCUUUUUCUUCGCUUUCGGACAAUUGAUGGCUGCAGUCGGAUUGCAAGUACUCGAGACGACAACUCCGGACAAGUAUCUCAACGCUUUUUAUUCCGAAUUCGCUAUCUUUGGCAUCUGGCUGGCAAUCCUUGUUUGCCUUCCGGAGUCUCCAGUCUGGCUUUGCAAGAUGGGCCGCGAGGAAAAGUCCAAGAAAGCCAUGCGCAGGCUAGUCGGUAACGUGCGCGAUUACGAUAUCGAUCACGAAUAUCUCGUCAUGAAACACCAUCUCGCCGAAUCGCAAGCCUUGAUGGAGAAAUCGUCGAAAUUGGGAUGGAUCGCAUGUUUCAAAGGAACCAACUUGAGGAGGACCUUGAUCUCCACCAUUCCCUUCUCAAUGCAGAACUUUGUCGGUGGACCGCUUGUUCUGGGCUACACCGUCUACUUCUUCAGUCUCGCUGGAGUCGAAGACGCGUUCCAGGCCAAUCUUAUUAUCUUCUGUAUCCUCGUCUCAGCGAUUCUCGCGAGUUUCUAUUUCGUGGAAAAGGUUGGACGAAGACCCCUUUUGAUUUACGGUGGAGCCAUCAUGGCGAUCUGCGACAUCGUAAUCGGAGUGAUCGGUACGGUGGAGUUGUCAUCCAAGACCGGAACCGGCCUGAUCGUCGUCAGCGUGGUGUGGGUAAUUGCCUAUGCCAUGUCUGUCGCACCCAUCGGCUACGUUGCUAUCGUCGAGAACUCGACGCCCAUGCUGCGAGCCAAGACCGCAGGUAUCGCUGCGGUUCUCCAGUCCCUCAGCGGCGUAAUCUUUAACUAUACUGUCCCAAUCAUGCUUUCGGAGCAACAGGCGAAUUGGGGCGCCAAAACAGGAUAUUUCUUUGGUGGAUUGGCAGUGCUGUUCACGAUCUUGGUAUGGUUCACGGUUCCUGAAACUCAAGGCCGAACCUACGAGGAGUUGGACGAGCUCUACGAGCGUCGGCUCCCCGCCUGGCGCUUCAAGGGCGCCAGAACGCUCAAGGACGACCAGAUGGUGGACCAAGAAUAGACAGGCGGAGUUGCCAUCGAGCCGAUGGAGGCUAGUUGAACGAUCGCGUCGCGUUCGCGUAUGUAGGGUUCCGUGUUCCGUUUGGUAUUGGGAUUUAGCGUGUCUUUUUGUGAAUCCGUCGAAGUCGUGUAUGUGCUCUUGCCAAUCGUUUUAAUAGGAUUUAUGACCGAUGCUUUCCGAUGUCAC